AACCAAAAAUAAUAAGUCUUUGUGACUCUUACUCUUACCCAAAAAGUAGUACAAUAAUUCAACUACACAAACAACUAACCACUCUUCUCCUCUUUUGCAUUAAAAAAUCCUUACCCCAUCUUCAACCUCAACAAUGUCUUCAAAAAUUCCUCUCUUCAUUUUCUUAUUCAUUUUAACUCAAAAUUCUCUUCUUCUUCUAACCUCAGCUCAAGCAAAGAAAUCUCUUCCAAAAUGUCACCCAAUCUUAUGUGGAAGAAAUCAAAAUCAGAUGAGCCCAUUCAACAACAAGAUCAUGAGCCCAGAAUGUGGGGCCCUAAAAUUGAAUUGUUCUCAAGAUGGGCCAAGGAUCCAAUUGAAAAAACAAGGCCAUUGGUUUAAAAUUGAGAACAUUUCUCAAUCUCAACCACAAUCUUUAAUCUCUAUUGAUAUCAAAGAUUCACUACCCUCAGAUUUGAGUGAAAGUUGUAAAUUAAUGAAUCAAUAUUCUCUUCCUAGCCCUACUGAUUCAUCUCAUUUCUCUUCUUAUAAUUUUACAGCUGAGGUCACUUCAACACUUUACAAUUGUACCCCUAAUAUUGGGUCUAUUGCCAAAGAUUUUGUUAGGACUGAUUGUAAAGGGUAUGAUUUUUACUACAAGCCACCAAAUAUGAGUUUUCCUUACCAAAAACAAUGCCCAAAUGUUACUCUUCCUUUUUAUUCACCUUUUAUUCCUUUUACUUUACAUUUGAAAAUAAAUCCUUAUUGUUUUGGAUGUGAUUUGGGAGGUGGGAAAUGUCACAAUAGUACUACUCAAAGUCAAUUUCAUUGUACUUUGUUCCCUCAAAAAGGACCAAAGAAGAAAAAGCUAAAUUUAGGAGUGGAAGUAGCUAUUAUUUUUGGUGGAAUUGGUACACUUGUGAUUAUGCUAAUAUGUUGUUGGAGGACAUUUUGUUGGAAGAAACAUAAUCAUGUUCAUCAAAGUAUUGAGGCAUUCAUAAAAAAUUGUGAUCCUCUUCAAGUUAGAAGAUACACGUAUUCCAACAUCAAAAAAAUGACAAACUCAUUCAAAGAAAAGUUAGGCCAAGGAGGUUUUGGUAGUGUCUACAAAGGAAAAUUACUUGAUGGGCAUCUUGUUGCAGUGAAGAUGUUAAAUGAAUUCAAAGCCAAUGAUGGAGAAGAUUUCAUGAAUGAAGUUGAAGCAAUAAGCAGAACUUCCCAUGUCAAUGUUGUCCGAUUGUUAGGGUUUUGCUUCGAGGGCGCGAAAAAGGCUCUCAUUUAUGAGUUCAUGCCUAAUGGCUCUCUUGAAAAAUUCAUUUAUCAUGAAAAUGAAAGUGAAGAGAAUUUUAAGUUGGAUUGGGAAACAUGUUAUGGAAUCUCACUUGGCAUUGCUAGAGGACUUGAGUAUUUGCAUAGAGGUUGCAACAAGAGAAUUUUACAUUUCGAUAUUAAGCCUCAUAACAUUCUUCUUGACGCAGAAUUUGUGCCCAAAAUCUCUGAUUUCGGCCUUGCCAAAGUUUGCACCCGAAAAGAUAGUUUACUCUCAAUGUUGGGUCCAAGAGGUACAAUUGGGUACAUAGCUCCUGAAGUUAUCUAUAGAAACUUCGGAGCGGUUUCUCACAAGUCUGAUGUGUAUAGUUUUGGAAUGAUGAUUUUAGAAAUGGUUGGUGGGAGAAAAAACAUGAAUGUUUCAAUUGAUAAUAGUAGCGAAAUAUAUUUCCCGCAAUGGAUCUAUAAGAGACUUGAGGCCGAAGAACUCGGCCUCAAGAGGAUUAUGAAUAGAGAAGAGAAUGUAAAAGUGAGGAAGAUGAUUAUGACAAGCUUGUGGUGCAUACAAACCGAUCCAUCGAGUCGACCAGCAAUGAGUAGAGUCAUAGAAAUGUUGGAAGGUAGCCUUGAAUCAUUGCAAGUACCACCGAAGCCUUUCUUGUGUUCUUCACCAAGCUUACCAAGCUCAUCACCAUCUUGUUCUUCUAACACAUUUGUAUCUCUACAAAUCUCAAACAUAUGAAUGAAAGCACUUGGUAGUUAUUUAAAUUUUAAACUCACUAUUAAUAAAAGUUCAAUGAAAGACAAA